CGCUAUAAUUUAUACUAGUUUAAGACUUGAAUUUGAAUAUGAAUAUUUGGCAACCUUCUUUUGUCUAUUGUAACUUAACAUUGUUUUAUACUCUACCGAGAAUGUUUGAACUCGAACGAAAAUGGCUUCUUCCGGCCUUUUUCGCUAACCGAAAGACUGAGGAGAAGCACGAAUAAAUAUUAAAACGCUAAACCUUACAAAAUAAAAAAUACUCGGUUGUUCUUAAUAUAUUUGUGCUAUUCGCUGCCGCAGUUACAUUAUUUUAAUAUUUAUUCUCAAAGCAACGUGAGAAUCAUUAACUUGGUUCUUCGAAUGCGACGCUAUAAUUUGCGAAAUAGAAAAGUUUACUCAACGAACACUGAAACUAAUCGCAAAGUAAUGCCGAAUUCAGAUGCGGAACACGAUUCAGAAAACGAAUUAGAUUGCACUGUAGUUGAGCAGGAAGAUGCUAUUGCAAAGUUACAGGAACAAAUAAAAACUUUGCAACGUUCUCUUGCCGCUUCAGAAAAUGAGAGGUUAACUUUGAAACAAACCCUAGCAUCAACAAAGGCCAUCGUCACUCUUGCCGACACGGGCCAUUUUCACGCCACCGAACCCUUCGUGUCGCGAAAUUACACCUACAAUCCGCCCAUAGGUUAUCUUGCUUAUGAAAAUCACGCUUCCGUCAACCUUGCCGACGAACGUACAGCACACGCCAGCGCUUAUCCGAUCAACGCCUACGUCAAACUUGCUGACGAAUUGCCCCCCCGUACAUUGCAUUCUGCCGCAGUCACUUUUGCCAACUUAGAUAAAACACGUCCCACCAGCACUUACAUGAAUUAUGCCAACAACAUCACAGUCGCCGAAAACAAGACCCACGCCUCUACAAUGGACCGUAUGGCAACCGCCACUAGCCAGGUUUCAACUCAUGCCAACGAUUCAUCAUCCGCCGCUCAUCGUCCUCCGGACACACUUACCGAUACUUGCCGCACAACAG